AUGGGUUCCCAUAGCUCCAACCUGGAUGAUAUCCUGGAGGAAGACAUGCACCACUGGUAUACCAAAUUUAUGAAGGAGUCUCCUUCAGGGCUUAUCACACUCUUCGAGCUCAAGACUAUGCUUGAGAUGACCGGUAUGACGGAGGAGGCCAGCAGCUACGUAGACCAGGUCUUCUUUACCUUUGACAUGGAUGGGGAUGGCUACAUAGACUUUGUUGAAUAUAUAGCAGCAAUAAGUUUAUUAUUGAAAGGGGAAAUUAACCAAAAACUAAAGUGGUACUUCAAGCUCUUUGAUCAAGAUGGAAACGGGAAAAUUGACAAGGAUGAAAUGGAGACUAUAUUUAAGGCUAUUCAAGACAUCACCAGGAUUUACGACACCCCUCCAGAAGAUAUUGUGACACUUGUAUAUGAAAAGAUCGAUACCAAAGGAGAAGGUGAGUUGACGUUGGAGGAGUUCAUCAGUGGAGCGAGGGAGCAUCCCGACAUCAUGGAAAUGCUCAGCAAGAUGAUGGAUCUUACCCACGUCCUGGAAAUCAUUCUCAAGGGUCAAAAGAAAGCUGUGAAAUGA